GUAGGCAUGAGUGUCACUUGUGUCCACUGGCAGGGAGUGAGUGAGAGAGCAGAUCCCACCCACCCCCCUCUCCUGCUCUGUGUUCCUGCCUGCCUCCAGCUGCUGCAGUUCGGCCUGCCCUGUCUGCUUCGGAGCGUGCUGGGAGUUGGAGGUAGAGGAGGUGGAGGGGGUGGACAAACCGUCGUGGGGAAAGCAAGCGGGUGGGGUAACGUGUGCGUGUCCCAGACUGGGCAACCAUUUCCAAAAAAGCUCGCUCUCUACGGACUAAAGUUGACUUGCGAGGCAUUUUCCCUCGUCGGGCUGUUGGAGCCACUUCUCUAACAGAGACCCCCUGAAACUUGCGCGACUGUUUUCUGCUUGUUUUUUUUUUUUGUGUUUUUUGUUUUUCCUGCAGCGCUGCUGUUGCUCCGUGCUACGGAGACUCAUUGGUUGGGAGAGGAUUGCGCAUUGGCUCUUGUCUGUAUCCACCUCGGAGGGAAGAGGAACAUUGCAGUAGUAAAGGCUCAUGUUUUCUUCGCUCCAAACGUCACUGCUGGAGUUGAAUAUCUUCACAUAGUCAUUUUCUUGACGCGGAUUCUCUGGCUCUGCCGUUCAUUCCUCACGGGCAGGAUGCGUCCGCUACUGUAGGAUAUUCCGCUCUGUUGUUGACAAACAGUUUUCCCAAUAACUUUCCAACGAGCUUCGAGCGCAAAGAAGAGGGGAGCAAUGUCCACACCGAGGUUCAAAAAGGAUAAAGAAAUCAUCGCAGACUAUGAGAGCCAAGUCAAAGAGAUUAGGACGCAGCUGGUGGAGCAGCAGAAAUGCCUCGACCAGCAGACGGAAAUGCGGGUGCAGCUGCUGCAGGACCUUCAGGACUUCUUCAGAAAGAAAGCAGAAAUUGAAAUGGAGUACUCCAGAAACCUGGAAAAACUGGCUGAGCGCUUCAUGGCGAAGACUCGCAGCACCAAGGACCACCAGCAGUAUAAAAAAGACCAGAAUCUGCUGUCACCAGUCAACUGUUGGUACCUGCUGCUGAACCAGGUCAGGAGGGAGAGUAAAGACCAUGCGACACUGAGUGACAUCUACCUCAAUAAUGUUAUCAUGAGGUUCAUGCAAAUCAGCGAGGACUCCACGCGGCUACUGAAAAAGGUGAGGAUGGACAGAUUACUUGGCUACUCCUGAUUAGCUGACCAAAAAAGGCUAGCUAAUCAGCUAAUGACCUGACCUAUAUUUCUUUUGCCUACCUGCCAUUUAUCUAUAUUUGUUCAAAAUUGAGUUGUUUAGGUCAGAGACUGUGACAGGAAAUGGAUUUUAUCAUGUAGAAUUAAGGUCACUACCUGGUUUUAGGAGGUGACCUUUCCCCCCUCACGCUCUAGAAUUUGCUCAUAAUUAAUCUAAUAAUUUCCUCUGUGUCUCAGCUAAAUGUUUCCUAAGCCUAAAGCAAGACAGAUAUGUCCCUUUAGUUGACAGCUAAAAUUAAGACAGAUUGUCUCACUCCAA